UUUCGUUUUGGAAGAAAGUUUUCGCGAUCAUCUGGUUCUAGGCCUAGAGUCGGCCUAGAGUCUAGAUUCUAGUCUAGUAAUCAUUUGGAACGGUCUAUUUAAUCUAUCUAUAAUAUAAUGAGUGUUAGAUCUAGAUCUAAUAAUGCAGAAGACAUUAGGGUUGUUGAAACUUUUACUACUGAAACAUUUACUGCCGAUAUUUAUCCAAAGAGAGAGCCUGUGAUAUUAAGAGGUUUGGAUAUUGGAGAAUGUCUGCGUAAGUGGACACCAAGCUAUUUAGCUAGUGACGGGGGCACACAGGAGGUCAAAGUGCAUGUGUCAUCAUCAACACAGAUGGAUUUUAUCAAUAAGAACUUUCUCUAUAGAUCAUUGCCAUUCCAAGAAUUUGUAAAAAGAGCUUUUGAAGAUGAGCAUGCUGACUACUUUAUUGACCAGAAAGAAAAAUUUUACCUCCGUGCCCUGGGACACGACCCUCGUAAAGAUGUUGCAGACAUUUCUGUUCAGUUCCCUGAGCUGGCACAAGACUUAACAAUACCGCAAGUAUUUGAAAGAGAGAAAUUUUUUUCCAGUGUCUUUCGUAUUGCCUCUAGGGGAGUUCAGCUCUGGACGCACUAUGAUAUAAUGGACAACAUUUUAAUUCAAGUUGUUGGCAGAAAAAAAGUUGUUUUAUUUCAUCCUAACGAUGUGGAUUAUCUGUAUCUCAAUGGUGAUAAAUCUGAAGUUCUUGAUGUGGAUAAUCCAGAUCUGUCAUGCUAUCCCAAAUUUAUUGAAGCCAAACAAUACAGAGGGCAUCUUGAACCAGGAGAUAUUUUGUUCAUACCUGCUCUUUGGUUUCACAAUAUGACGUACGAGGAUGCUGGAGUUGCUGUCAACGUCUUCUGGCGCCACCUAGAGGACAAACUGUAUGACACUAAGGACCCCUACGGAAAUCAUGACUUGCUCCCUGCACAACGUGCCAACCAGAUAGUUGACAGGGCAAUAAAAGCACUAGAAGAACUACCAGAAGAAUACCAAGAGUUUUACGCACACAGACUUAUAGACAGAAUUAGACAUACAUUUUUAGCUAAACAAACAUGACUAAAUAAAAGAUGAAAGCAAAUUUUUUUUU